AUGGAAGAAAAAGAAAAGAUAAAGAGAGAGAAUGAGAGAUGGAGAGAAUUAGAAUCUAAGAGAUGGAAGGAGGGAGGGGGGAGCGAGGGAAGAAAGGGAAGGGAAGGAAGGGAAAAGGAAGAAGAAUGUAAACUCUUCAAGUCAAGUGAUCUGAACUUGGUUGCUGAAUUCUUCUUGAUGUUUCACAUGGAUAAGCCCAUAGAUUGGCUCCUUGAUCACAUCCUCUAUGUCAAGGUCUGCAACCCAGAGAAAGAUCCUAAACAUUGUGGAAGACAGAAAGCUGCUUACAGGAUACGCUACAAGCCUUCUCUCUUUCAACAUAUAGGACUGCAUUCAUCACUCAAAGGAAAGCUACAAAAAUUAAAAGAUAGAGAUUUUAAGAAAGGCAUGAAGCUACCGCAGCACACCAACCCUCCAGCUGAGGUGUCGUCGACCAUCAGGCAUUACCUACGCUACACGUUAGACAAGGCCUACACCGGCCAGGACAUCUUCUGGGGAAAUACACCAGGGGCGGGGGACCAGGUCAAGUUCCAUUUCAAUACCCCUAUUGUUAUAGAACAGUAUCGGUUUAUAAGUAGCAAUACGGAGAACCCGGGCGAUAAAUUUUACAAUACCUCUGUGGAAGUAUUACCAAGCUAUCACCAAGAAAAGAAAGAAGGCAUCUUAGAAGCAGGCAAUGGGGCCGAGCUGAAUCUGCCCAGAACAGAAGAUGGCUUCAUUCAAAUUGGUAAAUUUGAAGAUGGCCGUGCUAUAGGAAAUGUAGAUAGCAAGAUAGGAGCGGUGCAAGAGAUAAGAUUACAUGUAUUAUCAGAAGCCAAGAACUGGGUUAUAUUGUCAGAGAUUUAUAUUGUUGAGAAGAAGAAGAGGUGACGACAGCUUUGAUUCUUGUCAGAACUCCCCUCCGGCCAACAGUUAUUUUUAAGAGUAUCUAAGCAAAGCAUACUGUGACAUUAUUUAUAUGUGCUUAGAAGAAGUGUGUAUUGUGUAUCACAUGAAAUGUGAAUGACCCUCGUGGCUAUCCAGUGCAACUCAUAGAGAGGACAGUCCAAUAUGAUGUAUUAUAUCCUACAUACAUGUAGAUUAAAUCCUGUAUAGUGAUUGGUUCAAAUACCAUCAUGUGACCAAAUAUAUUUCAACUACGAUGUUGUGUGACGUCAGACCUUGAUAUAUUUUUCGCUAUACCGAUGUUCUGACGUCAUUAUUUCAGAAAACUGGAUGUUUAGCUAAACUCUCGGGUGCACCGGUCAGCGAGCUCUCUGUCCCGGGUAUGCGUCGGCACAGGCACAAUCCGCGUUCCGCUGAGCGCGGUGGCUUGGAGAAAAAUAGGUCAUUCAACGCAAUUAACCAGAUUCUUCAAGCUCAACGCAUAGAUUUUGGUUCUGAAUUAUCAAAAGUAGGAAAUAAAACAAAUAUAUCAGGUGUUUCCUUCGAAAGCAUAGUGGGAAUUAUUAAUCCUCGGUUGGACUGGCAAAACUACUAUAUUUCCCUCGAAGCUUCACCCCUCGGGGGAAAAAUAGUAAUUGCCAGACCAACCUCGGAUAAAUAAUUCCAUUAUACUUUUUCAAAGCCUGAUAUAUUUGUUUACUGUAUGUUGGUCCAGUGGUCAGAGCAUUGGACUCAUAAUCGCAAGGUUGUGAGUUGGAAUCCCCACUCUGCCAUUGUCUCCACUUUGAUUAAAAAAAGCGAGAGUAGUAUCUGUCAUCAGCCACUAUAACUGAUUAACCUGAAGUAAAAUAUCUUCGAGCGCUUUGUAUCCUCUGGAAAAAGCGCUAUAUAAAUCCAAUUUUUAUUAUUAUUAUUAUUAAUUGGUUGUAUACCAGCUUGGCGUUUACCAGCAAAAGCUGUUCUGUCAAGUUCCUACAGGAGUUACCAUCAACAGAAACUUGAUAUUUAAGUUUGAAUGUCUGUGUAAUACAAGUUUCAGAAACAACCCUUGAAUGACAUGUUUAUCGCAGGCCUCUUUCGUAAAUUGGAAUAAUAAUUUUCAAAGUAUCUGAUGACGUGAAAACCAUGUAAUUUACCACUUACAGGGGCAUUUUCACCUGUUCCCAGUAAAGCAGAGUCGGUGCCAAAUAAAUGAGUCUACAGGAGUUGUAGAAUAUUUAUAUUUGUGAACAAAUUUUAGCCUGAUGGGUAUUUUUCAUAUGUCCGCAAAGUUUGGAAACCCCAUCAUAUAUUGGAUCACAUUAAAGGACAAGUUUACCCCAACAAAAAGUUUAUUUGAAUGAGAGAGAAAAAUUCCUCAUGCCCGUUUUUUUUUCUUUAUCAAGUAUCUCCUCUAUCUGUUCUAUAACUUUUAGUCUCCUGAGAAAAAGCAUAACGAAGUCCCAUCGUGACAUUAAAGUUUCUAAAUUAAUUUUUGAAAAUGAUUGCAUUGGUUAUUAAAAAUAUGUGUAUGUGGCAGAGGUGUGGUUCUCAACCCUGACUUAUUUUGCCAUACACUACAUUUACCUUUCAAGUUCCUCUCAAGUCUUUUUUUAAGUGUUUGACGUCCCAUUCGAUGCUUCACAUACAUGUGUGUAAUGGACUUGAAGUUUAUGUAUGGCCUAAGUUAUUUUGUAAUCUUUGUUCUUGAAAAAAUCAGGGUAUAUAUUCAUUGCAAAGAUGUCAAUUAAUGCUCAUUUGAUUAUCGUGCAUAAUGUUCCAUAUGUUACAGAAAAUACUGUUAUCACGUUGGAUUAAAAUCUUAUUCCCUCUGUCCUUCUUUGUCUUUUGUUUUUGCUUUCAUAAAACAUAUAUUACAUUUCCUAUACAAAGCUUAUGGGAAUUUCAGAAUUCAUUAGUCCAUUUUUCUGCAUGUGCAUUCAUCUCCUUUGAAACAACACAUGCAUGUACCAUGCACUCUUUUCAAUGUGUCAACUGUAUCGCAACAUGUACCAUAGAUAAAGAUGGAUGUGUCAGGUACAGAAAUGAAUAAACCUAAAUUUAAAUAUAGUAAAGGGACAAUCACAUGGUUUAUGUCACGGUUCACAGCGGUUGCCCCCCGAAGUUGCAUUCAAUCAGAGCCUGUUAUGAUACAGUUUGGCUAAUUUUCUUUCAUUAGGUUAGACCAACUCACAAUAUCUUUUGAACUGUGUUUGCCUAACAAAGCAAUACGCAACCAUGUUGUAACCCUUUGGAAACAAAUUGGCAAACUCCGUCAUAGAGGGCUCCGACUGAACUUCAGGAGUAAACCGCCGUGAACUGCCGUCUAAAAUGGCAAUUUGUGUAUGCCCCUUUAUAUGGAUUGACCGAGUGUAUUUAUUUUGUGAUUGUCCCAGAGUUGGGAAGUGUUAGCUUUCCGUUAGGUAGAUGUGUUUGACGAUUAGAUGAAAAUACCUAUAGACAAUGCAGGUAGUGUUGUGGGUUUCGUCCAUAUCCUUUCUUCCUACAAGGUGACAUAUUUCGUGAAAGGGUCAAAUUGAAGUGCCUUGUCCGGGUUUUGACUGUAUUGAUCAUUCACCGUUCAUCUUCGUAUUGAGCAUGUAGUGUUUCUGGACCAAGAUUGAUUUUACAUGGAGUAGUUUUGCUAUACUAUACAUAUAUGCAUCCAAGAAAAAAUAGGAAACUUGUUUUUAAUAUGUUUUGAUCACAAAUUUGACACUAAUAGUAUUGAGUCAAGUCUCUUCUGCGAUUUGAGAUCAAAUCCUUCUUGAAUCGUUCACACACAGUAGAUUGCAAACAUACUUAGGCAUCUCAGUAAUGAUUUGUGCACAAACUAAUGAGUGAAUCUGUAUCUAGCCUGCCCUCAUGUAGAGAUUUAGUAAAGGGAAACAUAACAAAGAUCACAAGAGAAAUUCUAAUCUAUUCCUUUCUAAUGCAAGGUCAUCGUGGCCCUGACUAUCAAAGAGUUAAGAUUGAUUAGGGCCCCGUUUCAUAAAGGACUUGCAACUGUUGUAACUUUGCCAUAAUGGCAACUCCCAUGGUACAUGUAACCUUGAUUUUGAUUGGCUGCUGAGCCCUGUUGCCAUGGUAGUUGCCAUUAUGGCAAAGUUACAACAGUUGCAAGUCCUUUAUGAAACGGGCCCCUGAUCAACCACAACUAUGGAAAGCCAGCAACAUCUACAUGUACACUGCAUGUUUGUUCAAAAUAUUUUCUAGAUAUGAAUAUGUGUAUUUAUACAUUUAUUGUUCUCUUGAAGAUUCAGUGUUAAGGAGAUUGUACAAGUUUCCUGGAGUAAUAAUAAUGAUAUUGGAUGGAUUUCCAUCUCUAUGGAAAUCCAUCAGUGUCAUAAUUUGUUCUACAGGAAGUGUGAAAAUGCCCUUUGUAAACAAAGGAGAACACACCGAACUGUCAAAAAAUCAAUAAAUUUAUGGAUAUAUAUUCAUAUUUAGAAAAAAAAUUGAGCAAACAUGCAUUUUAUAUGUUGACUUUGCUGGCUUUCCAUAGUUGUGAUUGAUCGGAUCAAUCGCAAGUCUUUGUAAGACGGGCCCCUGAUCUAAUAAACAAAUCUUGAUAUAUCUUUCUGUGGAACUUGAUUUUGAUAAUUUAGUAGGAACACUGGGCUUGACAAUUUGUCAUGUUGGUGCAACAACACCCUUAACACCACACUUUUGCACAUCGCGUGUGCUAAAAAAAAAACACCCCGUAGCAGCACGCUUAAGUGCAUUGCAUAAGGGCGUUUCUGCACCGAUUAAAUGCUAAAAAAAUGUUUUGAUAAGGGUGUUCUUUUUUUCUUCUUUGAUAAAGGUUUUCUUGCACCGACAUGACAAAUUCAUCCGGCUUAAGCUGAAUGCUACACAGCUUAGAGACAUAUUGUUCUCCCAAAUGCAGCAUCUAGGCUAGUCCUGUGACACUCAAAUUAGUACUAAUAAUAAUAGAUUUUGACAUUGAUAUUAUUGGGCCUUCUUGCUCAACUUUGUGUGAACUUUUCAUAAUGGCUAUUAAAAAAGAAAUCUAGAUGACUUGAAUAGAAUAUACUGGAGAAAAAACAGUGAAACCCGGUUUCCUGCUUUCCGUUAAGCACCUAGACUGUAAGAAAUCCAUGUUGAUAAUAUGUAGUCAUUACCCAUACAGUGUGUUAUGUACUGGUUCAUAAAUGUAUUUAUCCUAUCCAAAUUUCUGUUGGGCAGUACACAGAUGAUAUUGUAUUGUAUAUGUGUGAAUCUCAAUGUUGCUGUGUGAUGAAAUUAAUUGUACCUUUUGAUAAAAAGUAUUAUCUGUAUGUGUUAUUGAUUAUUCAUUAAUUAUUCUUGAUCCUUGCAAUGCCUGAUUGAGAUUCUUGGUUGUUUUGAGUGUAAAAUUGUUAAUAUUCUAAAUAAAUCAUAAGUAUUUGUCUA